AUGGGGACGCCUAGGCGCCCCCAGAAGGGGUCUCCACCGCCUCCGAUCCCGGAGUGCGACGCGGAAACCCAGCUCCAAGGGCCCGCUCAGCUUCAGGAGUCCCCCGAGGACCCUCGGGAACCAGAGGCGCCCGAGGCCCCGGAGGAACUUCCGAACGGCCGAGGAGCCGAGCAGCAAGCGGAAGAAGAGGAAGAAAUAGAAGGCAGUAGCACCGAGAGCGGCCGCGACAUGCCCGAGGCCCCGCCUCCCGUGCAGAUCCCCGCCACGCCCCCUACGCCCACCUGGUCCGGGGACGGCGCCCGAGGGGUGGCGCGCAGGCUUCGCGGGCAGCAGCUGGAGGCAUUGACCCGCGUGGCCCUGAUGGAGCAGCGGGUGAAGGAGCUGCAGCGCCAGAGGAAGGAGCUGAGGAUCGAGAUGGAGGUGGAGGUGGCCCUGCUGCGGGGUGAGCUGGCUGGGGAGCGGGUGGCCGCCCGGCGGGAGGAGGAACAGCUCCGGGAGCUCUUGGGGCAGCAGGAGGAUUCGGAGCAGGGCGGCCGAGAGCAGCGCGAGCAGGAACAGAGACGGCUCAGGCAGGAGCAGGACCGUGUGGAGGGUCUUCGCCAGAGACUCCGGGAGGCCCAGGGACAACUCGAUUCCCAGCCAGAGGACCAGCGGGAGCUGCUUCUGCAGGAGGUGCAGGAGAUGAGGGAACAGCUGGAGCUAGCCCAGCGUGCCUAUGAGGACCUGGAGUUCCAGCAGCUGGAGCACGAGAGCCGGCGGGAGGAGGAGGGUCGGCACAGCCCUGGGGCCCGGGCACUCGACCCCAAGGUGCAGGAGCUUCAGGCCAGUGUGGCACAGCACAAGUAACCUGGCCUCGGGGGUGCCCUGCAGCGUCGGAUCCAGGUCUUGGAGGAGCAGCUCAAGUCGCUGGGGGAGCAGAUGGUGGCUGAGAGCCGGGGGCUGAGCCGGAAGAAGGAGGAGGCCCUUCAGGCCCUGACACAGGAGCGGACCCGGCUGCUGGAACUCAGUCGCCUUCAGGGAGCGCCCGGCGGGGACUUCUCGGAGCCCAACCAGGCCCUUACUAAGCUCCUGUUCACCCACAAGACGGACCGCCGGCUGCUGGUGCUGCAGGACCCCGCCGCCCGCACCGCAGGCACCGCUGCCUCUUCCUGCCUCCUCUCGGUCCACAGCUCCCUGCAGGGCUCCAUCGGCCUCCAGAGGACUGGAAGCCUGCCCCGGAGGAAGGGAGAGAGGACGAGCCAGAGAGGAUCCCCCCGACCUCUGUCCCUGCACUGUACUGGACCCCUGGAGGCCUCAGCUCUUUCACCAGCAGCUGGGGAUUCUGGGAGACACCCGCUUUACCAGCUGCUGAACUGUGGCCCUGGGAACAGCUGCGAGGCCCUCCACCCAGACAUCGCCCGCAUGGAGCGGCUCCUGCAGCAGGCUGUGGCCGAGAGGGAGCGGCUGCUGAAGGCCAGGAAGCCACCCGCACCCCCACCCCGCCCUCCAGGCCCCCGGGUCUUGGACCUCCGGCAGCACCUGGAACGAUGGGGCCACAACCCAGAGAACUGCCCGCAGGUACGGGUGUCGGGGGGCUGCUGCCGCGGGCCCCUGGUGAAGAUGGGGGGCCGCAUCAAGACCUGGAGGAAGCGCUGGUUCUGCUUUGACCGCCAGGCCCGCCGCCUGGACUACUACGCAGACAAAGAAGAGACCAAGCUCAAAGGCGUCAUCUACUUCCAGGCCAUUGAGGAAGUCUACUAUGACCACUUACGCUGUGCCUUUAAGAGCCCCAGCCCCCGUCUGACGUUCUGCGUCAAAACCUACGAGCGCCUUUUCUACAUGGUGGCCCCAAGUCCGGAGGCCAUGCGUAUUUGGAUGGAUGUCAUCGUGACCGCGGCCGACGAAAAUCACGGACCCUGA